AUGAAGAAGCCUGUCAGUAGUUUCAGCAGCAUCUGCUUUCCUGAAAGCAGUGACAAUCUCACUCGGCCAUGGGAGGUGGCUCCAGAGGCAAGAUCUGCUUUGCUUGAAAAGUAUCAUCGCGAACUUGAGAAAUGUAGUCCUCGAGACACGUGGGUUGCCGAUGCGCACCAGAAGUCGGCACCUUAUCCAAUCCUCGGUAAUGAGGCUCACCAGCGUCAGUUGGCAGAUCUGAGCGAGGCAUUAGUGCUGGCCAUCACCGAUAUCGUUCAAAGAUGGUGGUCGGACGUCCAUGCUCGCUUUCCAGAGCGCAUGCCGAUCGAUCCAUUGGAGGAGAAGCUGCUGCGCUGGAUGGAAGGACUGGGAGCCGAUGUACUCCGUCCAUACAGAUUCGUGCAAGGCUCUUGGAGGCCAGAUUUUCUUCUUGAAUCCUCUGAGGAUCCAGAGCAGAUUGAGAAUUAUCGGAUCUGUGAGAUUAACGCUCGUUUCUUUUCAAACGGCUUUCUCUUUACUGCCUUCGGCCAGCAGGCUCUGAUCAAUAUGGGCAUUGAGAAAUAUGGUCUCAAGGGAGCUACUGACCCUGAAAAGGUUAUCACUGGUCUGAAUAAGCUUGUUAACCCUUCUCUCCCCUUGCAUAUAGCAAAGGGUGAGGAAUACGGAUUCGAUACUCAUAUGUGGGUUCCAUAUCUGCAACAAAAUCUGGCCAUGGAUGUCAAAGUCAUACCACCUGAAAAUCUUCGGCUGGUACCCGCAGCAACCCCAGGGGGCUACAAGCUAUACUGUCUAUCUAGCCCAGAUAGCAAGCAACCACAAGUAACCAAUGAAGUUGGCGAGUGUUUAGAAGAAAUUCAUCAGCUUGGACUGGAACUCCAUCAGCGAGAAUUGCUUGCUAUGAGCUAUGAAAUGCUCCAACAAAUCAGUCUUCGCUGUUUCAACGACUUGCGGACUGUUUUCCUCGUUCAUGAUAAGCGCAUGCUAGGCCUCGUCCUCGAAGAGCUGGAUUCCCUUGUCUCGCGCAACGUGAUUUCAUUGCACCAAGCUAAUAUCCUCAACAGGGGACUCGUCCACACGAUUAUCCCCGGAUCGACUAAGCUGGAGAACUUUAUUGCAACUUGUCAAUCAGAUACCCUGUUCAAGGACAAGCAUAUGCUCAAGCCAGUUCGUAGCGGCAAGGGCAAGGGCAUCUUGUUCGGUGAUCAAAUCAGCCAGGAUGAGUGGCUCUCUAUUCUUCAGGGUAUGCGAGACCCGUUUUUGGAGAAUGGGAAAACGACAUACGUUGUUCAAACACAAAUUCAGCAACGACGAUAUGAUGUUCUGCUUGAAGAAGGGAAAGGGAUUGGGAACUUUCCUCUCAUUGGAACAUUCCAUAUCACACAUGGUGUAUUCCUUGGUCUUGGCCUUUGGCGCAGUGGCCCCGGUCGUAUCUGUGCCCUAAGUCGUGGAGGAUCAUGGUUGUGCACCGUGAUCCAACAGUAA